UAAGUCAGACAACUUCUGCACUGUAAGAAUCCGGUCCUCACCCAGAAGCCAAUUUAUACAGGAGUUGCGUAUCGGAGAAUGCACUGAGAUCUUGCAGCGUUGCUCGUGAGCAGGUGUAUAUGUUGCAGAACAGCCCAUAGUAUUGAGAAGUUUAGACACACACUGGCAGUGCUCAGAUCACCAGCAAUGAGUGAGUUUUGGGUUGGAGUGGAGGAAGUUGGGCACUGCUUCAUUUAAGCCGUAUUUUAAGGUGCGUUACAUGCGUUAUCGCUUCACAGCUUGAUUGCUGUGGGCGAAGCGCACAGGUUUGCAGCUAGUGCCUCGUGGAUGAUCUUUGCACAUUUGAUGGAACUACUUCGAUGGCGACGAGAAAGUUCGACAGAAGGCCGCGUUCCCUCUCCAUUUCACGUGUUUUCUCCACCCUAUUUCGAAUCCGAUAUCGUCCCAUCUUGCAGCAUCCCGUCACUAGAUGUCGUAUUCUGAAAUCUGCCGGAGCUUUCCGCGCUCAUAUUCUCUCGACUCGACUCGUCCCUUCCUCAUGCUCUACCUGGCCCGGGGCAGUUGUCGCAAUAUCAAUCUCCGGUGGAUAUGUCUCCGAGCUCGACCCGCUACAAACAUCGCCGUGCGCGCUCGAUGAACUCGUAAGUAUGAUUGACAGCCCAAAGAAGCACGCGAGGAGAUGGGCGCUUGGCGCAGGCUGUGGUGAGCACGUGGAGCAUAGUCAAGCAGUGUCUGCUUUUCGCGCCGUCCGGGCCGCUCGCGUUAGGCGCCCCGCCAAUUUGCUACACCGUGUCGUUCAUAGUAUCACUAGUCCACACCCGUUCUGCCUUCGGCACAGGAAGCAAAAAAGAGUGCUUCGCACUCUUAUUUUUUUGCUUCCUGGCCUCAGCUUCAUCCUAAUAAUUCUGAAGGCUCCUGAUGAGCAUUGUUCCUUCGUCACAGGAAGCCAAGGAGGGCUGCCCCCUCCUUUGGCUUCCUGGCCUCAGGCUGCAUCCUAAUAAAUUGUGGAUUUUGAAAAAGAGGUACAUUUAUGAGCA